GACUGCUAUCUCAUGGAGAGAUUUGUGAUUUCGACUACUCGAGUUAGUGGCCGACAAAGGAAGGACCACUAAUAAUAACUACAUAAAAACAAAAACAAAAAGUCCCCUUUGCUUUGAUUUUUCUUCUUAUUUUCUGACCAAAAAGCAAAAAGACGAAACUCGAGUCAAUUAGACCCAAGCCAUCUCUGAAACUAUUCAAUUGGAACCAAUCAGGUUGAACUUUUCUCAUAGCUAGUAAAUAUUUUUGUAACAAAUCUAGUCAAUCGGGCUCGACUUUCCACAACAUAAAUUUCCCUCAUUUUUUCCGAUCCAUUCCGGCGGGUUUCGAACUUGGAUUAAAAUCCCAAUUGAAAAGUGAUUAGUUAAGAGGGGGAGAGAUGGCGGAUGCAGCAGUGGAGUUCCUGCUGAAUAACCUCAAGGAGCUACUGCUUUACCACUCAAAGCUAAUCACAGAGACGAGGAGCCAGAUCGAGAGCUUGGAGAAGGAUCUCCGCGUCUUCAAAGCCUUUCUCAAGGACACCAUGAAGAAGCGGAGAGAGGAUGAGCACACGAAGGCGCUGGUGCAGAACAUUCGCGACGUGGUGUAUGAGGUGGAAGAUGUGGUCGACCUCUUUGUAACCAAGGCUUUGGAGAAAAAGGCCAACGCUAACUACCUCAGAUUUUGGAAGCCUUCAUACGAUCUCCACACCAUCGGUGUAAAGGUUGAGGAGGUGAAAACGAAGGUGGAACGAGCCAGGAUUGACUUCGCUAACCUCAGAAUCGAUCAUGAAGACAGAUCUGAUAAACCUCAGACUUGGCCGUUGAGAGAAAGAGACGUUGUGGGCUUCGUAGACGUGACGGAAGAACUAAUACACCAACUGACUGAAAAAACCGACUAUUUGGACGUGGUUUCCCUGAUUGGUAUGUUUGGGCUGGGGAAGACGACGGUGGCAAGGAAGAUUUUCAAUGAUCCGGCAAUCAUCUACGAGUUCCCUGUCCGUAUAUGGCUUCAUAUUUCUCAAGAGUUCUCAAACAAGGAAGUCUUUCUAGCCAUUCUCAAAGAGUUCACCGCCAUCACAAAGGACAUCCGUCAACGAGACGAGCAGGAGUUAGGUCGAGACGUUGCUUCUCGUCUUGAGAAAGUAUGUUUCCUGAUCGUGAUGGAUGAUGUCUGGAAUCGAGCUGAUUGGGACAGACUCCGCAUUGCUCUACCAGAGAACAAUAACAACGGUAAGAUCUUGAUCACCAGUCGCAAUGAGGAUGUUGGCACGUAUGUUAGUUGCCCGAGAGCUCCCCACAAGUUGCGUCACUUUAGACAAGAUGAAAGUUGGGAGCUGCUUCGCUUGGAGGCACUACGUAGGUUGGACUGCCCUUCUGACUUGGAAGGCGUUGGGCAAAUAAUCGCAACCAAUUGCCAUGGAUUGCCACUUUCAGUAGUAGUCAUAGGCGGCAUCCUUGCUACGAGGUAUUCAGCCUCGGAUAUAAGUGUAACCAAGAAAGCAUGGGACGAAGUGUCCACUCAGGUGAGCACAUUUCUCAAAGAAGAUCCUACGGAUCGUGUGAACAGGUUCAUAUCUUUGAGUUACGAUAGAUUGCCUUACCACUUGCGCGCAUGCUUUCUGUAUCUGGGGAUGUUUCCUGAGGAUUAUGAGAUUCCAGUGUCGAGAUUGACCCGCAUGUGGAUUGGAGAAGGAUUCAUACAGCAAAGUAAUGAUUCCAGCUUGGAGGAGACUGCGGAAAAAUAUUUAAAGGAUCUUAUAAACAGAAACUUGGUCAUAAUUGACAAGUUUAAGCCAGACGGCAAGGUGAAAACAUGCCGGAUUCAUGACACAUUGCGUGAAUUCUGCAAGACUGAAGCAGGAAACGAGAACGAAAACUUCUUCCAGGAAAUCAAGUCUAGAAACGGAAGUUUUGCAUCUGACUUACACGAGUAUCGUCGUAUUUCUAUUCAUUCCAAUUGCCGGGGCUUCAUCUCUUCAAAACCUGCUGGUCCUCGUGUACGCUCAUUUGUUUGUUUUUCCAAAGAUGGAUUCACCUUGUCCCAAGAAAACAUCCCACACAUCCUUGGAGCUUUCAAAUUGCUCAGAGUUUUAGAUGCCAAACCCAUCAAACUCAUCAAGAUCACCGGUCACAUGUAUGACUUGGUUCACGUGAGGUACAUUGCCUUAUCGUUGGCCAAUAUGUCGAGCCUUCCUUCAAAAUUCAACGAGCUUUGGAAUAUACAGACACUUAUAAUUGACACCACAUGCCGUGAGCUUGCGGUGAAAGCAGAUAUAUUGAAAUUAUCUCGGCUAAGGCAUUUCAAGACAAAUGCAGCAGCUACCUUGCCCAAGCCGGGUAAAGACAGCAAACAUGGCGCAGAGCUUCAAACACUCGGCACAAUUUCAGUGAAGAAUUGCACAACCGAGAUUUUUGACCGGGCUUGCAAUUUGAAGAAAUUGGGCAUUCGUGGGGAACUAGCCUUGUUAUUGGAAGGAAACAUGGGUUCUUUUGAUGCAAUUGGUAAAUUGAAAUAUCUUGAAAAACUUAAACUAAUGAACGAUGUACAUCCGAGGCCAGCUUCAGAAGGUGGAUUGUGUCGCCUUCCUCAACCCUAUCAAUUCCCAUCUACACUUAAGAGCCUUACACUGGUCUCUACUUUCCUUAGUUGGGAUUUUAUGUAUAUCCUUGGGUUGUUGGAUAAGCUCGAGAUUCUCAAGCUAAAAGGUAAGGCGUUUAUGGGGAGUAUGUGGAAGGCAGUUGAUGGAGGUUUCCGGCAUCUUGAAUUCUUGCUGAUUGAAGAGACAGAUUUAGCUUUUUGGGAGGCUUCAUCCCAUCAUUUCCCUAGACUUAGAAGCCUUGUGCUCAAGAACUGUGAGAAGCUUCUUGGAAUUCCAAUUGCAUUGGCAGACGUAGCAACCCUCCAAAUGUUGGAGUUGUACGUCUGUAAAUCUGCUGCUGCAUCCGCCAAGAACAUUCAGGCGAAGAAAAAAGAACAGUCACAAGGCUCUACCUUCAAGCUCUCCAUUUUCCCUCCUCUUCCAGAAUGAAUGACAGGUAACUUAACUUUCCCAGUUUAAGCUUAGUAUCACUUAGAUUUUUGUGCAAGUUGUGAAUGCAAAAAAUGUUUUAGCAAUGUGCCUUAAUUUUGUUCUCACUAUUACUUGACCCUUGGUGUGAUUGCUUAAAACUUUAAGCAUAAAAGUUUCACCAUGAAUAUUUUUUCUUACGAUUGGAAACCACAAGUUCUGCAAAAUUUUUACUUUGUGACUUGAACUUAUGUUUUGGGCGAAAUUUUGCAUCAUACUUUGAUCGUUGGGAUUACUUUUGUCAUUUCAUGAUGGAUAGUUUUUCUUUUCUUUAAAGGAGGAUUGAUAAUAGAUUCAACCCUUAACAUUACCUGAAUGAAUGACUGCAGGUAACUUAUCUUUCCCAUAGCUAAUUGAUUAACUGCUCCCCAAUUUGACUCGCAAAAUGUUGCAUCUCUUGGAGCAAAUAUAAGUAUCUAGGAGAAAAGGGCUGUUUUUUUUUUUUUGAUAAAUUACAUAAUUAAAUAAAGAAAUUUAAAGAUCGCACGACAGUGGACUCGAUCCAAGACCUCAGGCUUUGAACAUUAACCACCUACCGCUAGGCCAACACAUGCACACCGUGCGAUGUACUAUUGUUUGCACUAUGCGUGGACAUAUCAAGUAAUCUAUUUGUUACAUCUUAUUAUGCCAUUGAGGUUUGGUCAGUUUACAUGAUAUUUUUCGAAGCAGAGAUGUACUUCUACUGCCGCAGGAUUGGGUUGGUUAUUUUCAAACGGUGCAGAUCAAGGCUGGAGCUGGAUUAGUCAUUGUUUUCCCUUUAACUUUUAUUCUCUUAGUUUUUAGUUCAGUUUAGUGUGUGCGAAUUCCAGUAGAUUGAAGAAAUCAGAGUGUUAUGAGAGUUUUUGAGCGAGCAUUUACUGAGUUUUGAGAGCUGCUAUAGCUGCUGUGAUUCUUGUACCGAUUUUUACUCUUCUUUGAUCAUCAAUAAACACCAAGAGUUCACCCUCU